ACUAAUGUCAAAGCCAUCAACGCGUGGAGAGUAGAGAUCUAGCCUAGGCGCGACCGAUUAGGGAUCUUUGUGGAGGCGCCCAUCGAAGCGCGCGAGGAAGAUGGCCGAUCAGCUCACGGAAGACCAGAUCGCCGAGUUCAAGGAGGCGUUUAGCCUCUUCGACAAGGAUGGAGACGGCUGCAUCACGACCAAGGAGCUGGGGACGGUGAUGCGAUCGCUGGGCCAAAACCCGACCGAGGCGGAGCUCCAGGACAUGAUCAACGAGGUGGACGCGGACGGCAACGGCACCAUCGACUUCCCCGAGUUCCUCAACUUGAUGGCGCGCAAGAUGAAGGACACGGACUCGGAGGAGGAGCUCAAGGAGGCGUUCCGCGUGUUCGACAAGGACCAGAAUGGAUUCAUCUCCGCCGCCGAGCUCCGCCAUGUAAUGACCAAUCUGGGCGAGAAGCUUACGGACGACGAGGUGGACGAGAUGAUCCGCGAGGCCGAUGUGGACGGAGACGGGCAGAUCAACUACGAGGAGUUCGUCAAGAUGAUGCUAGCUAAGUAGUCAAGUUUGCUCGCGUCGUCCUCGUUCUUUUUUUUUCUCCUUUUUUCCCCCACUCUCUUGCUUCAGCUCUCUUUGUUUUUGUUUGGAAAGUUCUUUUCUUUCUUUCAUGUUAGGACGAUUUCACCACGUCGCGAAGCUUUAAAUUAUUGUCCUUCCUUCUCUACGUUUUUAAGAUCCUUCGCUAGGUACCUAA